UCCAGAGUGCAGAUCUAUAAUAAAAAGUUAAACUAUUUUUCUUAAAUCGGAUUAAUAAUUUCAAUUUGAAAAUCCACCUCCAGAGUGUCCUCUUUAUUAUAAAAAAAAACAAAAACUGAGUGUUUUAAGUGGUCAUAUUAAUUGUAGUGCUUCUAAUGACAAUAUAAUGGACUACAAAUCUGCGAAUAAUUUAAUAAAAUAAAAGUGCAAAAUGUCAAACUGGGACAAGUUUGUCCUGCUGCUGUGGAAGAAUUGGAUUAUCCAAUGGGGUCACAAGAAAUUGAUUUUUGGAGAACUCUUGCUACCCUUUCUGUUCACUGGUUUGCUUAUUUUAAUACGAGAUAAGGUCCCGAUAAAACAUUUAAAUAUCACGAACUAUACCGAAAAUUACCCGUCAAAUUCCAGAUUAUUUUUAAUGUCACUUAGUGAUGACAGAUUAUCCGACCUGCCCGUAUACUACUCACCAAAGAAUGAUUUGCUGGACAAACUGGUACUGGAGGCGAUGAAGAAUCUUCCUUUCGAAAAAUACUACGCAUCGAAGAAUGCCGCUCAGCUGGAAGGCGAUGUGAUUAAUAAAAAUGCCUUCGCCGGCAUUCAGUUCGAUGAUUCUUGGUCCAAUCUUACCGAUCAUAUUCCCGAUGAUUUUCACUUUACGCUGCGAUUUCCAUCCAAAUUGCGUUUAGCAUAUGAGUUGGAGCAAAAUACUUGGCUAACGAGCCAAUUGUUUCCCACAUUUAAUCUUAGGGGACAACAAAACCAUAAAACUCCUGGUUAUUAUAGAGAGGGUUUUCUGGCCUUGCAACAGGAAAUUUCAAUGGCAUAUAUACGGCAAAAGUCGCUUAGGAAUAGCCUACCGGAUGUGACGAUUCAGCACUAUCCAUAUCCCGAAUAUAAAAAAGAUGACAUAUUCGCUGCUUGUACCUUCAUUGCCCCAUUUUUCAUCAUCAUGUGCUUCUUCUAUUCCUUCAUAAACAUCAUUAAAGUAAGUGUCUAUAGCAGGAUUGAUGAACAAAUAUAUAGAUUAUGCAUUUCCUGGCUUUCUCAUUUGCAGUUCAUCGCCGCCGAGAAGGAGAAACAGCUGAAGGAGGUUAUGAAGAUAAUGGGGCUGAGGAACUGGCUUCACUGGGCGGCUUGGUUUGUCAAGGCUUUUAUACCGCUCAGUAUUUUGGCCACAAUAAUCACCAUUUGCCUCAAAAUCAAUAUGUCGAAUGGACCUUUGCUAGCUACUUCUAGUUUUACUGCCGUUCUUUUUUUUCUAAUUACAUAUUUAAUUGCUGGCAUCUGCUUCUCCUUCAUGAUGGCCGUUCUAUUCUCGAGGGCCAGUACGGCAUCUACAGUCACGUCAGUUAUCUUCAUACUUUCUCAUGUUCCAUAUUACUUUACCUUCGGAAACAUUAGUUUAAGCUCCAAACUGGGUUGGAGCUUAAUCCCAAACACGGCCAUUGGUUAUGGCUUUAAUCUGAUCAUUAACUUUGAGGAAACUGGGGAUGGUUUUCAGUGGAGUUAUAUCUUUACUCCUGCAUCCGACGGCGAUUCUUUGACCGUCGGAGCUGUGAUGAUCAUGAUGAUGGUUUCCAGUGUCAUAUUUACGCUAAUUUGCUUGUAUAUUGAGCAAGUGAGCCCUGGUAAUUUUGGAGUGCCCCGUCCCUGGAACUUUCCAUUUACCAGAGAAUUCUGGGGUAUCAAGAGUAUAGAAAAGGAUAAUUUUGAUUUAGGAAACAGAAUUCAAUUGAAUCCCUCGGCUUUUGAAAGCGAAACGGAAGGCAAACUGAUCGGCUUAAGGAUACAAAAUCUGAGAAAACGCUUUGCCAAUAAGACGGUCGUCAAAGACUUAACAUUGAAUAUGUACAAGGAUGAAAUUACGGUUUUACUGGGUCACAAUGGAGCCGGCAAGACCACCACCGUAUCAAUGUUGACGGGGAUGAUUCCGCCGACGAGCGGAUCAGCCAUCAUAAAUGGCUAUGAUAUUACCACCAAUACCGAAGAAGCUCGCAUGUCAAUGGGAAUUUGCCCGCAGCACAAUGUUCUUUUUGAUGAAAUGACUGUGUCAAAUCACAUCAGAUUCUUCAGUCAACUAAAAGGUCUGCGUGGUAAGGAAGUCGAGAUGGAGGUGGCCAAAUAUCUGAAAAUGAUCGACCUGGAGGACAAGGAAAAUGUGCCCUCAUCGAAACUGUCUGGUGGAAUGAAGCGUAAACUCUCCGUGUGCUGUUCCUUAUGUGGUGGUACUAAGGUGGUGCUGCUAGAUGAGCCGAGUUCGGGAAUGGAUCCAUCGGCCAGACGGCAUUUGUGGGAUAUCCUUCAAAAGGAAAAAAUUGGACGCACCCUUCUGCUAACCACACACUACAUGGACGAGGCCGAUGUUUUGGGCGAUCGCAUUGCCAUCAUGUGUGACGGCAACCUGGAGUGCCUUGGAACGCCAUUCUUUUUGAAAAAACAAUACGGAUCGGGGUACAAAUUGAUCUGUGUUAAGGGCAAGGGCUGCGAAGUGAAAAAGGUGACAGACCUUCUGAACCGUUUCAUUCCGAAUCUGAAGCCACAUUCUAAUGUUGGUGUCGAGUUGACCUAUCAACUACCGGAUAGUGCUUCUCCCGAGUUCGAAGAGAUGUUCGAACAGCUGAAUCAGAACUCCGGUAAACUGCAUCUAAAUGGCUAUGGUGUGAACAUCACCUCGCUAGAAGAGGUCUUCAUGAAGAUCGGCGCCGAAAAGGACAGCACUGGUAAAGUAAAGGACCGAAGCGAGAACGGUGACACCAAAUACCGUAGCGACGAUGAGUACAAGUCCGUUGAGUCCUUCGGACUCUUAUCUGAGAAUCGACAACAGCUCCGGGGACUGCAACUUGUAUUGAAUCAAUGGAAGGCAAUGUUGCUAAAGAAGCUCCUAUCCAUGUGGCGAAAUAAGUUGCUUCUGUUCGUUCUUAAUGUCAUCCCAGUAAUAUUUUUGUUAAUUGGCUACUUGUCCGGGAUUAAGAAUGACGAAUUGAAGCCGAUGACCUUUUCCAUAACUCAGUAUCCCUCGGCUGUGACUGUUCUAGAUCUUUCAAGUGUGAGAAACCACUCGGAGACUUAUAAAAUAGGUCGAAAAUACGCUGACUUGGCCAAAUCGUACGGGGAUAAUUAUAGACUGGAGGAGACGGGCAAAAGGAGGUUUGAGGACUACAUCCUUGAUGUCGGUGGAAAAAAACAAACAGGAAUUAACUCACAGUACUUGGUAGCCGCCACGUUUUUCGAAUCAAGGAUUAUUGCCAGGCUGAACAACCAAGCUUAUCACACUGCUCCACUCACUAUUAACAUGGUACAUAACGCCAUGGCUAAGGCUCUAGUGGGUCCACAAGUACAAAUCCAGGUCACUAAUUCACCUCUGCAGUUCCAUCUAUCCACUGAUUCCAAUCUUCUUACAAAAUUCAAGAAUGUGGGAGUGGUUGCCGUUGCCCUGUUCCUCAGCAUGAGUUUUGUAAGCUCGAUGUAUAUAUUAUUUCCGAUAGUGGAGCGUGGAUGCAGGGCUAAGUUGCUUCAGUAUGUCGGGGGCGUGAAAGUCUGGACAUUUUGGUUGUCACAAUUUGUUUGCGAUUUCGCUACCAACAUCCUGACGGCUUUGAUUGUGGUGCUCACGAUCGUGUGUUUUCAGUUGCUAGACAAUUUCGAGGAACUUUUUAGCUACUUUGUUUUGUUACUAUUUUAUGGAUUUUCCGCUUUGCCUCUUAUGUACAUAUUGUCAUUGUUCUUCAAAGAACCUGCUACUGGAUAUUCUUGGAGCAACACUAUAAAUUAUUUUUUGGGAAUCGGUAUGCUUCUUGUUAAUGUAGUGGUAAAAAUAAUUAACCGUGACUUCGGUGACAAUCGAGGUUUCGAAUAUUGGAUCAGUCGUAUUUCUCCAAUGUAUUCCCUGGGAGCAGGUUUUUAUAAAGUUUCGCAUUUUAUGUACAAAAAAACUUUGUGCGACGCCUCACAAAAGCACCCAGAUUGGGAGAGUUUCCAAUCGACGCAGUUAUGCUCUCUUAAUUUGUAUUCUUGGGAUGGUCUCUUGCCCGAGUUGGUCUGCAUGAUAGCUUCUGGUAUUUUCUUUUUCGUCAUCCUUUUCCUGAUGGAGUACCGAUUGAUCUUGGUGGCGAGAGUAAAGAUUCAGAAGAUGCUAUAUAAAAAACCUUUUCCGUCAACCAAUAACCGCUUAGACGACGACGUAACAAAAGAACGAGUACUCACUGUUAACAUGACCCAAGAUGAGAUAGCUUCGAAGAACCUGGUACUGGAUAGGGUCACCAAGUACUAUGGUCGAUUUCUAGCCGUUGAUCAAGUGUCGCUUUGUGUUAAGGGAUCGGAAUGUUUUGGUUUGCUGGGCGUGAAUGGAGCCGGAAAAACCACCAUAUUCAAGAUGAUAACCGGCGAAGAAUUGAUCACCUCGGGAACUGCCCAUGUCCAAGGUCAGAGAAUGGGAUGGAACAUGAGCAAUAUCUACAAAAUGAUUGGCUACUGUCCGCAGUUCGAUGCAUUGCCUACAGGACUCACUGGUCGCGAAGUGUUGCGAAUUUUCUGCCUUCUACGCGGCAUCCAAGGUGAAAGCAUCACAAGAGUAUCCAUGGAUCUGGCGAAAUCCUUUGGCUUUAUAAAUCACAUAGACAAACAAACUGUAACCUUUAGCGGAGGAAAUAAGCGAAAGCUAAGCGCGGCCAUAGCUGUAAUCGGAAAUCCGUCCGUUAUUUAUUUGGAUGAGCCCACAGCCGGCAUGGAUCCGAUGGCCAGACGGCAAUUAACAAAGACAAUGAACCGCCUUCGGGAUUCUGGUAAAUCAAUCAUUCUAACUUCACACAGCAUGGAGGAGUGCGAGGCCAUGUGCACUCGUUUAGCCAUAAUGGUGAAUGGAGAAUUUCAGUGCCUUGGAUCCACACAGCACUUGAAGAACAAGUUCUCCAAAGGCCUGAUCCUGAAGAUCAAGAUGCGACAAAAUCUGGUGAACGCGGAUCGCAGAAUCCAAAAUAUCGAUGUUGUCAGGGCAUUCGUCAGCAACAACUAUCCUCAAUCAGUUCUCCGGGAAAAUACUUCCGGUCUGUUGACAUUUUACAUUCCGUUGGAUGGUGUGAAAUGGUCGAACAUUUUUGGAAUGAUGGAGAGGAAUCGCAAUCAGCUAAAUGUAGAGGAUUACUCCGUUAGCCAGACUACGCUGGAGGAGAUCUUUCUUGAGUUUGCCAAGAACCAGCGAGAAUAAGUUUCUCCUUUUUUUCCUUUACUCCUCCUUUAGCCGUGCGUUGCCAUUUUAAUUAAAUCGAGAAUCAAUAUGUUUUAUACACUUGUACUUUCUAUAAUAAAUAUAUAAUUGGAGUAAAAACUGAAUUAAUACCUAUUGAAGUGUAAAGUUCACUAAACCCCUAGCCCCUUUCCAGUAGCACACUAUUAAGCGAUCGACCAGGUGAGGCUAGGCUUUGAUUCAGAAUCGAGUUGACAGCCGCUCGAAAGGGUUUACCAUAUCAAAUGGAUAUCUGUGCCAAGUCUCUGGCUGCGGUGACUGUUUUGAUUUUUUAUAUCUAUUU